AUGGUCAAGCUUCCCGAGUUCAAACAUGCCGCUGGAGAAUUGUACUCACCGGCACCAUACUUUCGACAUUUUCUGAUCAGAUCUUCUGGUCAAUACAGAAGGUCUGUCUUCGAUGUGCUAAAUUCAAAGCCUUACAGGUUCAACCUAUCUAAAUUGCAAAUAUCACAUCUACUGGACAAACGGCUACUACGGAUUUACACACCAACCACGACUUCUCUACUCUCUCCUUCGACACCCUCAACUCUUCCCCUACCGAAUUUCUCCGUUGUUUCGUACAACCAACAUGUUCACGAAACUGCUGUGCCUAGACCGGCACGUCUCGAUGUCGUUUACUAUCAAGACAAUAUAAUAGUGGUGGACAAGCCGACAGGAAUCCCCGUACAUCCGGUCCAGAAAUACUACCAUAAUACAAUCCAGCAUAUGCUGGCGAAUCAGAUCGGUGUUGCUCCAGAGUCGUUGUAUCCUAUACAUCGUUUGGAUAAACUCACUUCAGGCAUACUGAUCUUUGCUACGACUCAACAGACCGCCGCAACACUGAAAACAUGUUCAAAGGAGAAGCUCUACCUUGCACGAAUUAAGGGACGGCUGGUUAGAAACCAAUGUCAUGACGAUCUGGUGUACAUUUACCCAACGAGGCAUAUGCUUAAUGUCUACACAAACGCAAAAACUGAGUUUAGGGAAUUGGCCCAUGAUUUCUCCAGAAAUGAGUCCAUAGUGCUGGCUAAACUGUUCUCUGGAUACCCACACCAAAUUAGAAUACAUUUGCGUAAUCUAGGAACCCCUAUAAUUGAUGACCCGUUGUACGGGAGUCGGGGCAAAUACAGAGAGAUUAUCAAAUCAAAGGAUCAAGUAACUGAACAGUAUUGGAGAGUUCUCCUCUCAAGAUCCGAAUUGGUAAAGUCGACAUUACAAACAGGGGCCACUUGUGACCAAUGUGGCCAAGAAAAAUACUCUGAUCCACAAAUUUUGGGAAUAUGCUUACAUGCUUGGAGGUAUACACUACAAUUUGAUGCUGAUAAAAAAAUUCAGCUUCAAACUCGAAAUUUACCCAUUUGGAUGCCUAAAAAUUUUGACUUUCUGGAUAACCUUGAAGAAAACUUUAUAGAAAUAUAG